AUGAAACUGAGAAACCUAACUCAGCUUUCAGAAUUCCUUCUCCUGGGAUUCUCAGAGGACCCAGCCCUGCAGCCUCUCAUCUUCAUGUUGUUCCUCUCCAUGUACCUGGUCACUGUCAGUGGGAACCUGCUCAUCGUCCUGGCCAUCCUCUCUGACCCACACCUCCACACGCCCAUGUACUUCUUCCUCGCCAACCUGUCCUUGGUGGACGUCUGCUUCACCUCCACCACCGUCCCCAAGAUGCUGGUGAACAUCCAGAUGCAGAGCCAAGCCAUCAGCUAUGCGGACUGUAUCACACAGAUGUUCUUCUUUCUGCUGUUUGGAAGCCUGGAUGACUUUCUGCUGGCUGUGAUGGCUUAUGACAGGUUUGUGGCCAUCUGUCACCCUCUGCACUACACCGUCAUCAUGAACUCCCAGCUCUGUGUGCAGCUGGCUUUGGUGUGUUGGGUCAUUGGUGUCCUGAAUGCCCUUAUGCAGAGCUUACUGGUGCUGAGGCUCAGCUUCUGCACACACCUGGAAAUCCACCACUUCUUCUGUGAGAUAAAUCAGGUGGUCCACAGAGCCUGUUCUGACACCUUUCUCAAUGACCUCAUGAUGUAUCUUGCAGCAGUGCUGCUGGCAGGUGGUCCCCUGGCUGGAAUCCUGUACUCUUACUCUCAGAUUGCCUCCUCCAUCCGUGCCAUCUCGUCAGCUCAGGGCAAGUACAAAGCCUUUUCCACCUGUGCCUCCCACCUCUCUGCCAUCUCCCUAUUUUAUGGCACAAUCAUAGGUGUGUAUCUCAGUGCCAGUGCUGCCCCAAGUUCAGCCUCAACUGCAGCAGCCUCGGUGAUGUACACCGUGGUCACCCCCAUGCUGAACCCCUUCAUCUACAGCCUGAGGAACACAGACAUGAAGAGGGCUCUGAAAAGACUCAUCAGGAAAAUACUGGGAAGAACUAUGCAGACUAUAAAAGGGGCAGGCCAACUUUGA